AUGGCAAUGGCCCUAUCCAUCGCCGAAACCAUCUGCUCCUACUACUCGAUGCGCCUCAACUACAUCGGCAUCCACAAAAAGGACAUUCCCCUGACUCAAGACUUUGUCCUCGGCCAGAAAUGGGCCUUUACGAUCCAGAUUCUCUAUAAUCCGAUUCUUGCCCUGGUAAAAACAUCGGUCCUCCUCUUCCUUAUGCGCCUCGGUGGCCAAAAGCGCGAGGUCCGCCUCUGCAUAAUCAGCCUCCUCGUCUUCAACCUCUUCCAGAUGGUGGCCAUGUUCUUUGCCUGCGUCUUCCAGUGUACACCUGUCAGCUACUUCUGGAACCGCGCAAAGGAGGAGAGUGUAAGGCCAGAUGGCAUGUGCAUUAACCAGAAUGCCUUUUACAUUGCCACUUCGAGUCUCACCAUCCUGACCGAUGUGUUGGUUCUUAUUCUGCCUUUUUGGAUAUUUUUGGGGUUGAAGUUGCCUCUCAAGGUGAGGGCGGCAAUUAUUGGAGUGUUUGUCCUUGGAGGAGCUGUUACCAUCAUGAGUAUCCUCCGUAUGUCCUGGCUCAUCGAGACGGCCUACUUUAUCGACUUCACGGACCCUGACCUGGACUGGAGUUACGAUAUUCGAUUCACCUACUCUGCCGUUGAGACCAACUUGGCCAUCAUUACGGCAUCGGCGCCGGCUCUACGACCUCUCUUCCUUCAGUGGUUCCCCAAGUUCUUCUCAGCACUCAAGUCUUCCGGAAACAAGUACUCGUCAACACGAGACGGUUAUGGACGGUCGACGACGACGGGAACAGCGAAGCGAUCACGUGGUGGUACGGGUGUUCGGAGCAGUCUUGCAGGACCGUUCCCGCUCAAGGAUAUCAAGGGCCGAUCCGAGAUUCGAUCGCAUUCACCGACCAACUCGGAGGAAGAGAUCAUGACGUACAAUGGUAUCCUUAAGACGUCCGAAGUAGCUGUACAGUAUGGUGAGAGGGUGCCAGCGACACAUCUGAGAGACGAUAGCGAGACCGAGUCGUCGAGGUAUGGGUUCGGGCCACGUGCCAGCCAUGAUCGUUUCUAG